AACUCAUCAUCACCCCUCGCGAACCCUAAUCCACUCCACUUCUAAUACCCUAAUCUCCGUCUUGCUCCUCUUCCACCCGCCGGUGCUGCUGUUAGCCCCCUCUACCUGCCUGAAGCUCUGCCUGCGAGGUUGCAGCACUUGCCACCAUGGACGCUCAGACGGAGAAGGCAUUUUUGAAGCAGCCGAAGGUGUUCAUCUGCUCGCAGAAGUCGGGCAAGGGUAAGAGACCCGGAAAGGGUGGAAACCGAUACUGGAAGAGCGUCGGUUUGGGAUUCAAGACCCCCAGAGAUGCUAUUGAAGGUACUUACAUUGACAAGAAGUGUCCAUUCACUGGCAAUGUUUCCAUCAGGGGUCGUAUCCUUGCCGGUACUUGCCACAGUGCUAAGAUGAUGAGGACCAUCAUUGUCCGUCGAAACUACCUCCACUUUGUGAAGAAGUACCAGAGGUAUGAGAAGCGGCACUCGAACAUUGCAGCCCACGUCUCCCCGUGCUUCCGUGUCAAGGAGGGGGAUCAUGUUAUUAUCGGCCAGUGCAGGCCAUUGUCGAAGACCGUGAGGUUCAAUGUGCUGAAGGUGAUUCCAGCUGGGUCGUCAGGCGGAGGCGGUAAGAAGGCAUUCACAGGAAUCUGAGCUCAAUGUGUCGCACUUUUUUUUUCCCCUCCCCCUCUUUUGGUCUUAUAUCUCGAGUAAUGUCUUAGAUUGAACAAUUUUCAGUUCAGAUGCUUCCCUCUAUUGUAUUUCUAAUGACAUAACACCGUCCGGCAUCAAGAUUUUGUAUGACAGUAUCCUCUUAAUUUGUCAAUUUGAGGAGUAGAUUUCUGGCAA